CCUCAUCUUCUUCUCACUGACCACUUUAACCUCCCAUUUAUUUUUUUCUCUCCUUACUGACCAUUCGUUUCAACCAUUAUGGUGAAUUCACUUUUUCCCAACCCUAACAGGAAAAUGUUUCCAUCUUUAUUGGCUAUAUUUUUCUCUUCUUCAUCGACUGUUUUUCAAUCUCAAUCACCAUUUUUACUCAGAAAACUUUGUCGAUCAUCUCAACGCAGUUAAAUGAUUCCAAUCUAGUGACAAACGGGCGCUCCAUGGAGUACCUACUGAUCAAUCGUUCAAGCCUUCAUGCUUUAUGCUCCUCAAUUGGUUGGAUUAAUGAAAAUGGUCACUAUGAGAUGAACCCACAUUGUUUGGCUACUCUCAUCUCAAUAGAACAACAAUUGAUUAAUGAAAGCUCAAUCACAAGAAAUAUCCGUAUUGGCCUUGGAUUAUCUCACAUUAUUGAACGAGAUUUACUUGGUAUCUUAGGGGUUACCGAUUUAUUCAACAAUCCACCCAUCAUAAGGAUAACUGUUAGACUUUUGGUCAAUUUAACUCUUCCAUCUGAAGUUAUCCUACCCGUUUCAUUACCAUAUUAUCCUUCACGUGCAUCACCAUGCAAACCACCCAAUGAAUCAUUAACUUGCCGAGUUGUUCAGUUACAAAAAAUGCUUCUGGAUGCGAAAAAAGCUUUCAUCAAAUCAAAUAAGGUUACAUCUUCAUUAAUUGCUACAAUGAAACUUGUCCCAUUAACCAAUUCUUCAGAUACUUUUAAUGUAAACAGAUCAUCAUCAUCAACAACAACAACAACAACUACAACAUCAUCUUCUAAUCAUUAUAUUAAUUUACUCAACUCUCAUUCAAUUUUCACCGAUCAUCCUUCAUCUGGAUUCAAUGAAUCAACUGAAGGUAUUAUUGAUACUAUUGAUAAAAAUCUUAUUCGUGAUUGUCUUCUCCUCUUUCGUAAUCUUCUCCAUGUUCCAGAUAAAAUUGAACCAUAUGAACCCGAAAUUGCUGCAACAAUUAAUGUUGGAAUGGGUGGUGGAGGUAAAACUAAGGAAGAUUGGCAAGAUUCUCAGCGACGAAUUAUUUGGAAUCUUUUGGUUCAAGGUUUAGACAAUACUCUUCUCUUUCUCAUGUCAACACCAUAUCGUCGUAAUUGGAUCUGUCAAAUUGUUCAGCUUAUUACACUUCUUUACAAGAAUCAACCUGUUUCCAAGUUAAUUCAGUGUAUUUCAACUAAAGACUCAACUUCUGAUUGUUCUGAAGAUGAUGCUGAUUCUGAUCAUACACUUUCAGCCCAAAGAUCAUCAUCAACAUCUAUUCUAUCCGAUUCAUCGUCAUCAAAAGAGUGUGGAGCUCAAUCAUCUGAAUCUAAAGAUGAUUCAGGUUAUUACCAACAAACGGAAAUUGAACGAAAUUGUCCUGAAUCAAUUUGUUUUGAAAAUAACAAGAAUAUUACUCAAAAUGAUUAUCAACAAUCGACAACCAAUUCAGAUCUUACUGAAAAGAUGGAUACAUCGGUACCAACCCAUUCUACCUCUAAUUGGCAUAAAAAUGUAACUUCACGUGAGUGUGACGACUUACCCAUGGAAAACGGUGAAAGUACCGAAAGUAAUGGUAAAAACGAGAGAGAAAAAAAUCGUCCGAAUCAAAUCAAUGACGAAGAGAAAGAAUAUGCAAAAACGGAAACUAAUCUACAAGAAUCCGUGAGGAUGGAAGAAGAUGAUUGUGCCAACGAUAAUCAAACUUCAGGAUUUUCCGGUUCGUCGGAAGAAGACGAUAGACGAAUGCACAAAGUGAAAAAACCUCACCAACGAUCAACAACCAAACCAACCGAUUUAGAUGAUUCAGAUGAUUCGGAUUACGGUGCUAUAAAAGUGAUGCGAUGUCACCAUCAUCCACCAAAUGUUACUCGAAAAACUAAAAUAUGUUCACCAAUCCCGAGGUCACCCAAUUGUUGUCCCUCUAUUUGCAUGGAGACCGCAAUAGCGGCCGCUCUAUCAGCGAUCUCAGUGUCUGCAUCAAGCUUAGAAUCUAGUCAAGCCAAAGGAUCACCAAGUAAAUCUACUAACGAUCAAUCGUCAACUCUUAAAUCAACAAGUUCAAAAGACUCAAUCAAAUCAGAUAAAGGAAUCAAUUCAACGAGAAUUGUUAAUGAUUCCCAGAAAAGUACAAUUAACUCUGAAACUCAAGUUAAACCAAUUGCCCCUUGGGACAAGAAGAAAACCUGUGGAUCUAAAUCUUCGUCAAUUGGAAAUGAAUCAAUUGCUCCAAGUGAUAAUGACAUUUGUUCACUUCUCAAAGAAUUUACUCUGAAAUUUGUUCAUAAUUUUUUCUCAUGUUUAAUUCUUGAUCUUUCAAAAGAGCUUAUUCUAUCAUCUUCAUGUUCAUCUAAUUCUCAUCCUCUUUCACCAUCAACUUCUUCACUUGAUCUUUCCCACCUUCUCUGGUUAAUCAGUUAUUUUCUUAAAAUAUCUUCAUCAAUUGAUCUUAAUUACAACCAUUUAUCUCCAAUACUUCAAAUUGAUAUGUUUGGAUUUCUUGUCUACAAUGGACUAAUGCUUAAUGAGGAAAUUGAAUCUCUUUCAACCCGAUCAGUAGGAAUUACACCAAUAACCACCACUGAAUCACCGCCUCGUUCACGAUCAUCAUCAUUACCUGUUACAGUUAUGACCACAGAAUCAAAAUCAUCCAAAUGUCCAUUUGCAUCUUCAUCCUCAUCUCCAUCUUCAAAUAAUCAACAAUCUGAAGCUAAAGUGAACAUGAUUCAUGAUGAUUUGAUAAAAAAGUUAACCCGUAAACUUCAAUUGUUGAUUACUGCGCUUAAAGAAAUGAUCAUCACGGUUUCAGGUUAUAUUGGUAAAUCAUCAUCCGAUGAGGCAGAGAAACAAUCAUUAAACAAUUUACGAACAUCAUUAGCCAAUAUGACUGCCCUGAGGCAAUUUUUUCUUCUCGUAACUCGUUGUUAUUCACCAGUCAUUCAUCCUAAAUCAUUUCUAGUUGAUUCAAUUGUUACUCAUCAUCAUUUAAUGCUCCUUCUUGAUGAACCCUUUAAACGAGGUAAUUGUAAUCUAGUUGAUCAUCUUCAACAAUUUGCAACAAUCAAGGUGAUGGAACAAUAUGGUCGAGUGUUGGAAGCUUUCCAAUCAAAUAAUGAAUUAAUUAACAAUUGUGUCUUUACUAUUAUGCAUCAUGUUGCCGGUGAUUUAAGGAAUCCUGAAUGUCUUUUCCAGCCGAUAAUCUUGAAAACAUUUUCUCUUAUCAUGGAAUCUGAUAUAGAAUUGACAGAUUCAUGGGAAGAUUUGAUGGAAUAUGUUAUGAAUCGUUUCGUGAAAGCGGCUACUCGUUCAAACGCUAAUCGAUUGAAUAAAUUGACUGAUACAACUCCGAUUGCUAGUACAUCAAAAAUUGAUCCUUCAAUUAAUCCAAUUCUCUUGGCAUCAUCAUUAUCAUCAUCAACCGGACUUAUUGGAUCAAUUAUAUCACCUAGUUCACAUUUAAUGGGUGAAGAUGAAGGUGUUGAUAGUGAAAGACAACCUUGUGAUUUAGGUUCGAUUGCCACUUCAACCCACCAAACUCGCGGUGCAACAAUUUGUAGUUCAAGUAAAUCUUAUGGAUCAGAUGGAUCAUCUUCCAUUGAUUUAACCAACUUAGAUACUAAUCAUGAUCAAUUGUAUUGGUUGUAUCUUCAAUAUGAGCAAACCAAUGAUCCAAUAUCAUGUAUUCUUGAAGUUAUCAUGGAAGAGCAAGGAAUCACCAUGGAUCGAGCUGAAUUAAUUUCACAAUUAAUGGUGAAAGGGAUAAUCUCUUCAGAGGAAUAUAAUCGAUUUAUGGAAUACGAUUAUGGAUUAAGUUCAAUCAAAAAACUCGAAGAAGAAACCGAUGGAGGUCGAGAUGAUGAAUAUGAGGAUAGAAUGUCUCAUGACAAUAUUAAUGACAUUGGUCAAGAUAAUCAUCAUCAUGAUUCAUCUUAUCAGCAACAACAAAUGGACACAUCAAGAGUUACCAGUUUAAAUGGAUUUAAAUGUGACAAUGUUUUAGAUGAAAGUAGAGCUUCAUCAUCAGUUGACAAUAUUUCAACAAUUAAUCAUGAUUCAAAUGAGGAUAGAGUGAUGAUGGAGGAAACUGCUCAAGAAGUAGCUGAAAUUGAUUGUCUAAUUGAUAAGUUAAUCAAAAUGGGUUUCAGUGAUCAGCUCACUUGGAUUGGAUCAAUUCUGUUAGAUAUUAUUAAUGUGAAAAUGUGUCAAGUUAAAAGUGUCAAACAAGAUUCACAGAUUCUCGAGCCAAUUGCUUAUUUUAGUAAUCUUCUUGGUCAACCAGUUCCAAUUGUACCUUUCAAUGAGAAACAAGAAUUAGCUCUCAAUUCAAAGCCAAUGGUUGAAUUAUUACAAAGAAUCGGAUUCCAAUUGCCCAAUGAUGUCUCCAAAUUAUAUCCAAGGAUACCCGUUAUCUUUACACCCGAUAUAAUGUUCAAAAUUGCAUGUAAAAUAUCAUCACCCAAACAUGGAAAUCUACUUUUUAAACCGGAAGAGAUUCUGGAAACUGAAAAGUCUUAAUAAUGAUCUUAAAUCAAUUUGAUUCAUUUAUCAUGAUUAUAAAACUCCCAUAAUCAUAUUAUCAUGGUGGAAACACUCAACUGUAUUUUCAAUUGAUAUUAAGUUUUUAUUAAUUGUUCACUUGACAAUUUAAUCAAUUCUUAAUUUGAGAAAAUAACAUUUAUUGAUAUUAUUAGAAAUAUCAAUUAAUCUCAUUCCAAAGUAUCAACAGUUAUUAAUUUGUAAAUUUAAUUUUUUUGUUUCAACUAUUUAAAUGUUAGCCCAAUUUUACCUAAUCAUUAACAAUUAGUAUUAAAUAUUAAUAUGUAAAUUAAAGUUAAG